CCUCCUGCCCCUCCUUUCUUCGCCUCUCCUCCUCACCAAGGGUGUGGCAAAGAGAAGAGGAGGGAGAUCCCAGGUAGCCCCGCGAUGCAAGUCUCCCCCUUGCCCUAUAUCACAGAUUCGUCCCUUCAUAACUCCCUUGAAUGACUAUGGUUGGUGGGGUAGUGGGUGCUCAUGAUACAAUCCCAGGUUCGAUGGAGCCCAAUGUGAUGCUCCUGUCUAAUCAAUCAACCUUGCUGACCGUCACAGACGGCAAUGCAAGAUACAGGUUGAAGGAUCGGCAAGAACAAAAAAAAAAAGUGAGAACGGGACAGACUUUCUAUCGUAUUCUCUCCUGUCGGUUUCACUCUUUCCCGUCCUCUUCAUUUCGCGUCAUCCUGCCUGCGCUUUUUUUUUUCUUUUUUCGUUUUUCUGGCGUCCACUUGAAGGGAGGCGCACGGCAUCCUACACAACAAUAUGCGCGGCUAAUACCUUCUGCGGAACUCGAAUUAUGCGGUAUUUCCCGCAAGGUCAGCGACCCGUGCUCCCCCAACGAGAAUAAUGCACACGUACUGGGCCGAUGCUCUCUCGAUCAAUUCAUUUUUUCCUUUUUUCUCGCAGCCUUGAUGACGAACAAUGCUAUUGCUACCAUUGGCCCACGCAGGUGCUGUUCGUUCAGCAUCGCAAUAUCACAUCAGAUGAUUGCCUAAAGAUAUGCGCUGCCAGCUCUUAUGCUGUUCGCGAUGCUACUUUCCGGCUCUCUCAUAGCAUGGCAACCCCACAGGCCCAAGCAUUGGGGUGCCCAUAGAUAUCGAAGGCGGGUGGGCUAAGAAGUGGCACCCCUGCUCUCUUUUAGACACGCUGCACCAUUGC